UUUUGUCAUGUUGCGCUCCGCAUCCCGUUCUGUAAAGCCUUCGUUCAAGGCAUUGCGCUCAACCGUGCCAGCAGCAGGUAGUAGCAGGGCAUUUGCUCGCACUGCUGUGGCUGCUUCUGAGUCAGGACUGAACUCGUUAGAUACAUUCACAGAGGAAGAGCAGAUGCUCCGAGAGACUGUUCAGCGUUUUGCCCAAGAUGUUAUUGCACCCAAAGUUCGCGAGAUGGACGAGAAUGAAAUGAUGGACCCAGAAGUCGUCAAGGGCCUGUUCGAGCAAGGCCUCAUGGGAAUCGAGACUCCGGCCGAUCUCGGGGGCUCCGAAUUCUCAUUUACGUCUGCUAUUAUCGCUAUCGAAGAGCUCGCGAAGGUUGAUCCGUCUGUCUCGGUAAUGUGCGACGUGCACAAUACGUUGGUCAACACGGUCAUACGCAAGUACGGCACGAAGGAGCAACAGGAGAAAUUUCUACCAUUGCUCGCACAGUCUCAGGUCGGCAGCUUUUGUCUCUCGGAGCCCGCGUCCGGCUCGGAUGCGUUCGCGCUACGAACAUACGCAAAAAAGGAUGGUGACAGCUGGGUCAUCAACGGCUCGAAGAUGUGGAUCACGAACUCGCACGAGGCUGAGGUCUUCCUCAUUUUUGCCAACGUCGACCCGAGCGUGGGUUACAAAGGCAUCACCUGCUUCCUCGCGACGAAGGACAUGGGCGUCCAGAUCGCGAAGAAGGAGCAGAAGCUCGGCAUCCGCGCGAGCUCGACCUGCUCGCUCAGCUUCGACGACAUGCGCGUCCCCGCGGCGAACGUCGUCGGCGAGGUCGGCAAGGGUUACAAGAUCGCGAUCGAGAUCCUCAACGAGGGCCGCAUCGGCAUCGCCGCGCAGAUGCUCGGGCUCGCGCAGGGCGCGUUCGACAAGGCCGUGCCGUACACGUUCGAGCGCAAGCAGUUCGGACAGCCCGUCGGCACCUUCCAGGGCAUGCAGUUCCAGAUGGCGCAGGCUGCCGUCGACAUCGAGACCGCGCGGAUGCUCACGUACAAUGCGGCGCGCCGCAAGGACGAGGGGCGCGACUUCACCAAGGAGGCCGCCAUGGCGAAGUACUGGGCGAGUGUCGUCGCCCAGCGCGUCUCGGGCAGCGCGAUCGAGUGGGCGGGUGGUGUGGGCUUCACCCGUGAGACAGGCAUUGAGAAGUUUUGGAGGGACUCGAAGAUCGGAGCAAUAUACGAGGGAACGUCCAACAUUCAACUGCAGACGAUUGCAAGGUCUAUCUACAAGCAAUACUCAUAGGCGUAGGCCGCUCCAGGGAUAUCCAGGCAUGGGGAGAAGGGACGGGCUAUUAUACAUAUGUAUGCUAGCGCGACGAGCGGAGCAGGAAAACACUGGAUUGUUAUGAAGAUGACUUGUGAGCCGGACGUUUACCAGUCGUCCGCAUGAAGAUGAGCAUGCCCUCAUACACGGCCCAGCCGAUAGCAGAACUCAGGACUUUUCGUGACAGACGAAGAACGGCGCCGUCGAAGAAGCCGGGGAGACCGCGUUGCUUCCACACGGUGGUGACGGUUUGCGUAAGCCCAUGAUACCGCGCCUCUCUUCGGACCUGCAUUUUUGUCUUUACGACAUCGAAUGGGUGAGUGACCAUAGUCGCAAUCGCUCCUGCCGAAGCAGCAGAAAAACUGUGCACUCCGGCCGCGUGCAGCGACGACGUUGACGGCAUGAGCUGGUUCAUCUCGUGUUUGAUGCCCUCAUAAAACACCACGAACAGCCCCGCAUACGGGGCGUCCCGAAGUGCGGAUGGCAAGACACCGACGAAGAGCUCAGAGGGGCCGCCGCGCACCAUUGAUCGCAUGGCCCCAAACAGGCUGCUGUACGCGUAGAAGUUGCUCUCAUAUCGCGCCUUCAGCACCGAGAAUGGGUUCAGGACGAAGCCGACUGAGACACGCGCGACGGCGCCGGCAACGAGGUUUCCCUGACUUGUGAGCUUCGGAAGUGUCGUGCCAUGUGCGGUGGGUUCAGCGGUGCGAAUAUGUUUGAAGUAGGGAGAGGUUGAGAGAAACGUUCGGAGCUGGUUGAGACCUGUGAAGUACAGUGCGACGCCAGGGAUGUUUCGAAGAAGAGUUGCUGUUGUACCACGCCAUAGUCCUAUAACACCAUUGGUGCGUACAACUUCGCGUGCAGUGCCAAUGAUGCGCAAUCCGGGCUUUUGACCCACUGUUUGGCCAUCGCCCUGCUGCAUACGCGUCUUUAACAGGUCAA